AACCCCGUCAGACUGAAACCACGUGUGUCUCGCGAGAAUUGCUGGACCCGAAUGGGUGGGAGUUCCAGCUGUCACAGGUGCGGCUAUAUAAGCACCUAAGGGGUAAGGUGAAGGGUAUGAAAAUUGUAAUGACCAAAUUAUCUCCCUGAAUCUAAUACACCUUCUUCCUCCCCAAGAUAAUCUCCUCUGCUUCAGAGUUCUUCCUUCUUCUUCUCGUUCCUUCUCUCCAGCCUUCUCUCCCGAUCUCUUGGGUUCGUAACAACCUUGUUUUCUCUGAAGUUCUGUCUUCUGAGUAUUCUUAAUGAGUUUUGAUCAAGUGACAUUGGGAGCAAGAAGCUGUUUUUUGGCCGAUCGUUUUAUAACACGCCUGUGAUGUCUGAUGAUAUCAAGUUCGUCCUUAGUCUGCUGCUGCUAAGCAGCUUAAUGUUGUUCGUAGCUUCUGAUGACACCGAAUGCCUAAGGACUCUGCAGAAAUCACUGGUUGAUCCCCGUGGUGAACUCGAAUCCACUUGGAAUUUUUCUGGCAAUGGAUUCAACGGUUUCAUAUGCAGCUUUACUGGAGUAAACUGCUGGAAUCCCAGUGAUAGCACGGUUCGUUCUUUACAUCUCGUCAGUCUGGGACUUCAAGGCCAAUUUCCUGAAGGUCUUCAGGGCUGCAGUAUGAUAGAAGACUUGAAUUUGUCAGGUAACAGUUUUUCAGGACCCAUCCCUUCCGACAUCUCAUGGCGGCUUCCCUAUUUGAGAUAUCUGGACCUCUCGCACAACAGCUUUUCAGGUCAAAUCCCAACCAAUAUCACAGAAAUGACAAAACUGGAAUUUCUAAACCUGUCAAAUAAUGAUUUCUCAGGACCCAUCCCUUCUAAUAUCUCAUUGUUGGUUCCACAAUUAAGUUCCCUGGAUCUCUCGUACAACAGCUUUUCAGGUCCAAUUCCAGUGAGCAUCACAGACAUGGCAUACCUGAAAUUGAAAACACUGAACCUUCGGCACAACAAACUCAAUGGUGAAAUUCCAUGGCAAUUCUGUUCUCUCGCUCACUCGGUUUCGUUCAGUGUUGCAGAAAAUUUGUUUUCAGGGCUUGUUCCAUCUUGUUUCGAGAAUUUUACAGCUUCAAUCUUUGCUGGCAACCGAAGGCUUUGUGGUGCACCGUUGGGUAACUGCAGGUUGCGCAGAGUCAACGACGAGACUAGUAUCGGAGCAGCUGUCGGUUUCGUGGUUGGAUUCGUGUUGGCCUUCUACUUCCCGCACUGGUUCGUCUUCUCCACGAGUCUCCAUUCCUACAUCUUUCGGAUUUGAUCUUCUGGAACUUUUGUGUGGCGUUGUGGCAACCCGCCGUCAACUUCAGGUGGGCAAAUAAACAUGUGCAAAAAGAGCAAUUCUACGGUCCUUAAGGAUGUAUUAUGAGGUACCAAAAUUUUAGUGUAAAAUUUGGUACCUCAUGAUACCUCAUAGUACCUAGGUAUCAAGAGGUACCAAAUUUAUAAUAGAAAAAAUAGUAUCUCAUGGUACCUCCUCAAGAACCGUCAAAUUGCUCGUGCAAAAAUGCUUGUAUUUCCAUGAAGAUUAGUGUCAUUGUUAUGGGUAAUUUUACCAAUCUUAAAAAAAGUACCGGGAUGUAUCCACUUUCUAAUGUAAAAUUUGGUUCCUCGGGGUACCAAAAUUUUUAAUGUAAAAUCUUGAUACCUCCAGGUACUUUCUGAAGUACCGUAAAAUUUCUUCA